GAAGUCACUUGAAGUCAGGUCCUGACUCCUGUCCUGUGCGUAGUGUCUUGGCUUAUGUUAAAUAAAGGAACGUUUCUGGACUUCCGUGUGUCAAACCAUAACAACAAAAUAAUUAGUGUGUGUGCGCGUAACGAUCGCAAUAUACAAUUGUAUUUUAUUUGUACAAAAUAAAGUUAAUGUUAUAAUGGAGGACAAAUUGAUGCUGGAUGAUAUAUCCAGCAGCUUGAGAGAGAGGGUGUUUUUCGCAGCAAGGGAUGGAAUGUCCCUAACUCUAUACGCUUUGUUAUAUGAAAAAAAUACUGACGACAUAGAUGAUCUUCUGAACAGCGAUGUAUGCUGCGAUGGAGUAAAGUGUACUCCAUUGAUAGCAGCUUCUAGACAUGGAAGAGAAGGAGCAGUAAGAAUACUUCUAGAGAAGUUCCGUCCACCGGUUAGAUUGGAGACAGAGGGCACAGUCAAAUUUGACGAGUAUGUUAUAGAAGGUGCCACAGCUCUCUGGUGUGCAGCUGGUGCUGGCCACCUGGGCAUAGUUAAACGUUUAGUUCGAGCUGGAGCUAAUGUGAAUCACGCGACAAAGACACUAAGCACACCCCUACGAGCCGCUUGCUUUGACGGACGACUCGAUAUAGUGAAGUACCUCGUGCGACACGGGGCGGACAUACACAAAGCGAACAAGUAUAAUAACACAUGCCUUAUGAUCGCAGCUUAUAAAGGACACCUGGACGUGGUCCAGUUUCUUUUAGACAGCGGUGCACGUGUAGACGAAAGGGCGUUAUGCGGCGCGACGGCGCUUCACUUUGCGUCCGAGUGCGGGCACGCGGCCGUCGUGUGCGCACUCAUCGACCACAGCGCCAAGAUACUCACCAACGAGAACGGCAUGACCCCGCUGCAGUGCGCGGCGGAGCGCGCGCGCGCGUCGGUGGUGGAGAUCCUGGCGGCGCGGCCCGAGGUCACGCGCACGCAGUCCAUCGAGGCCUACGAGCUGCUGGGUGCCUCCUUCGCCAACGACAAGGAGUACUACUGCUUGAGGAUGGCCUACCAGUACCUACACAGAGCGAUGGCGAUGCGCUACGACACUCGCUACGGCAUACUCCUGAAGAAACCCGCGGAACCUAUUCCUGCCUACGAUAACUGGAGAGAGAGCACCACUCUAGAGGACGUGGAGCGGCUGCUGGGCAACUCGCACGGGCUGCACAUGGAGGGGCUGACGGUGCGCGAGCGCCUGCUGGGCCGCGCGUGCCCCGACCUGCCGCACCCCGUCGUGUUCCGCGGCGCCGUGUUCGCGGACGAGGCGCGCUUCGACCGCUGCCUCGCGCUGUGGAAGCACGCGCUCGCGCUGCGCCACCAGAACCAGGUGUCGGUCGUUAAAGAUUUGCUGAGGUUCGCACAAGUAUUCUCACAGAUGAUUCAUAUCGGAAUCGAACUGCCACUCGAUCAGGUUUGUUACGUGUUGGAAGCUUGCGCGGAGGAACUUAAACGUGGUCUCUUGCGGAUGGACAAGCCGCACAUGAAUCACGACCCGGAUGCUUUGAUUGAGGAAUAUGAGAGCAACGUCCGAACGGCUCUCUACCUGGUCGCAGUGGCUGCGAGACUUCUGGAAAAUUCUGGAAACGAUGAAGAGACUAUCGGCGCGACUCACCGGGCUAUAUUCAGGCUACGAUACUCGUCGCUAAGAUCUGGCCAGACGCUAUUGCAUCUCGCAGUGGACCGACAGACACCAGUCGACGACUUCCAUACGAGCGACGUCUGCCAGUUCCCGUGCGCGCGCAGCACGCGGCUGCUGCUGGCGUGCGGCGCGCGCGUGGACGCGGCCGACGACGCGCGCCGCACGCCGCUGCACGUCGCGCUCAUCUCCUACCAGCUGCUGCCCGACGACCGGUCGCAGUGCCGCGAGGCGGUGUGCGCGUGCGUGUGCGAGCUGCUGGCGCACGGCGCGCACGUGGACGCCGUGGACGCGGCCGGCAUCACGCCGCUCGUCGCCGCCAUCGGGGGUCCGGCGGAGAGCCUGGUGCGCGCGGCGCUGAGCCCGCGCCUGUCGUGCCUGGCGGCGGCGGCGCUGGCGGCGCACGGCGCCACCUACACGCCGGCGCACGUGCCGCGCGUGCUGCACGCCUUCCUCGCCAUGCACGGCGUCAGCCCCAGAUAGGCGCCCGCAGUGGUCCCUUACGCGUGCCGCGUUGUCUAAGCUGCGACGUUGCUGUAGAUUGCCCGAAUUACAGCUAAAUUUACCAAAUUUUUCUUUCGUACCGUUGGUCUAGCUUGAUUCGAAAAUUUGCCGAGUGGUCGAUGAUGUAUUUCCUAGGUCCGCCGCGGUUAAAUUCUUGUUUACCUGCCGUUUAGGACGUUUGCCUGUCGAUUGGAUCCUCUAGUCGUUAGUGAAAAGUAUCCCGUCUCGUUAGACUUCUCAAACGUACCAUGCUUUUCAAACGUAGAUUAGAACAAAAAUUUAAUAUUAGGUCUUUAGCCAAAUGUUUCUUGUAGAUUUCUAAAUUUUAUUAUUUUUCAAAGAUGCCAUACUUUCUAGUUAACGAUAUGAUAUUAUACUAUAGAACCUUCUAGAAUGCUACAGAAACAGGAAGUCGUCACCGGCUUAUUUUUUCGACAAGUAACUGACCAUAACUUCCUCAAGAACUUAUUCUGUGUCACCUCAUUUACUGAUUCUUUAUUAUAUAAAGUCUCUUUGAGUAUGUAUUGACUUGUGUCAUAUUAAUUUUUGUUUUAGAUAUUAUUAUUGGAUAUUUUUUUUAUGAAUUUAUAUUAUUUUAUACGCGAUGAAGUACAUCGUACCGCACAAGUUUUCGAGUUUAUAAAAUAAGGGAACUACUGAUAUUAAAAUUGAAUUUAUUUACUUUCAUUUGACUGACAUGGUGUGUUCUUGAUUUGAUUUUUUUUGAUGUAGUCACAGAUAAUAAAUAUCUAUUAUAGAUAUUAAAAUCGCAUAAAUUUGACUGAGAAAUAGGUUAUAUUUAUUCUUGUGUUCAUAUUUCUUUAAAAAGAUUUACUCAUCCUUACCGAAGUAACAUAAGCAUUCAUAUGUAAUUGACUCAUUUAAAUACAUAAUUCGUAUUUAAUUAACAUUGAAUUAUGCAAGCUUUCUAAAGAAAAAAGAAAACUAUGGACGAUUGAAAUAUUUAAUUCCAAAGUAUGGAACCCUUUAAAUGAUUGGUCGAACACAGGGUCUGUAUGUGUUCCGAUCGAAAAUAAUAUAAACGAAGGCUCAAAUCGAAUAUUUAUUAUAUUUAGACGCUAAAUAGAGGCGAAUGAAAUGUGAUAAUUAUAUAAGUAGCGUUAGGUUAAGGGUAGAACAGUUAGGCGCCUUUGUAACUGUGACGUGAUAAAAAUAUGAAAAGGUUUAUUUUCUAUGUCAGAUCACGUGUUGACAACCUUUGGUGUAUUUUUUUUGUCUUUGAGGUAAGAAUCGCGCUUUGCAGAUUUUUAUCGUCUUGUUCAGUUUAAAAAUAUCACUUUUAUAAUCUGUUUAAAGCGAUAUUGAUGGUACUUUUGCCAGUUAUAGAAAAUACAUUGAAUAAAGCCGUCCUUCUCUCGCUAAUAUUGUUAGAAAGGGAUGGGUGUAUAAACACGAAUCAAUGCAGAUUAAUGUUAUUUAAAAUUUAUAUAUUUAAGUUAUCUAUAAGAAAAUUUUUAUUUAUGCUUUGGUUACGGAUUUGAUCGUUUCUUAUGACAAAUUGGAAUAAGCUAUUAAAAUAUUAACCUUACUUUAAACCUUGAUAGCGGGUGCUUAGUUAAACUGAUUAUUUUUUCUCUCUUUCUCACACAAUUGAUUUGACAUACGGAAGAAGAAGAUAGCAAUGUUUAACUAAUCACCAGCUAAACGUUUACACUUAAAGCCGUAAUAUAUGUUUUUUCAUUUAAAUUGACCACAGACAAUAGUAAAAUAUUCAAUUGACAAAUAUAUUUUUAUUAUAUAAAUGAUAUUUUUAUAAAAAAAAUCGUUUAUUUAAAUAAAUGAACUCGUUUUGAUUUGUAUAAAAAGUUACUCUUUUGUAAAUCGUUGUUUGGAUUUAAGUAGUUAGAUUAAAAAUAUUAUAUUAAUUUAAUUAAUAAUAUAUUUUAAUUUUUGUUUUAUAAUUAAUAUGUUAAAGGUCGGACUAGUCAUUAUUUUACUGAUAUUAAUAUUUUAAAUAACUAUUUAGUAUGAAUAAGAUCAAACUUUUCGCACUCUUCGAUAUUGACAAACUGUUUUUACUUGUCCGUUAGCGCAAAUGGAUCUGGACUUAGACAUGUUUCGACAUGGUUCAUUUAUGUGAUCGUACUCGACCGUAACAAUUAAAUAUAAUAAUAGUUGAACCAAAAAUGAAUAUUAUAUUUCACCGUUAAAUUAUAAAUACCGUUAGAUUAUAAUCUAUCUCGCGAGAUUGUCAACUGUCGAAUGAUUGAACCGUAACAUAGUCAACGGUAGAUUAUAUCUACUGAAGCUAAUUAAUGUUCAAUUAUAAAUACUAAACGAAAUAUCAUAAACUAUCGAAUUUUUGACGUUUUAUUUUGAGCUCACAAUAUUUAGGCAGUUUACAAUCUCGCGAGAUAGAUUACAAUCUAACGGUAUUUACAAUUCAACGGUGAUAUAUAUAUAUUUUAAUUUGUUUCUGAAAGUUAAUACAAAUUAAAUUGUAAUGGGUACAAUAUAAAGUGAUUCUGAAGCCAAUGUCAAACUAUUAACUAACUAACUAUAAUAAUUCAGAUCAUCUGAACAUGAUUAAUAUUUAAAUGAUUUGGGAACUUUUCUUUUAUAGAGUCGGUUGAUAAUUGAUUUGCACUGAUGAGUUUAGAAUAGGGAUACAGAAUGAAGUAAAAGUUCUCACCCCUCUCCAACUUAACGGGGAUCGGAGUGAUAUCAAUAUUAUAGACAGAAUGUUGGUAGAUGGUACCCAGAUGUACCAAACAUUAUAUACGUAUAAAAUUCAUAACUACAUAAUAUUUGUCUUUUUUUUUGAAUUAACUAUUUAUAUGUAUAAUUUAAUUUAAAAAAAGUUGCUUAAAUAUAUAGCGUUGUCAGUUUUCUUCAGAAUGUAUUGUCGCAAUUAUUUACAAAAGGAAAGCGAUGGUCGUUUCAUAACCGUCUGAUACGCCAUGGCCGGAACGGAGACUAUUAAUAUUUGUACGGUAUAUAAUUGUUAAAAUAAAAUCCAUUAAAUUAAUUUGAAUAUCAACACUUUUUUCAAAAUUUUGACAGAAUUGGUUAGUAAAUAUGUGAGUGGUACUAUCUACCAUCUACCACCGGUAAUGACGGAUAACGGAUACCACAGACAAAAUAAACGAGUAUCUCUAGCAAUCGAUACCUCUACUGGUUACGAAGCGAGCGAUUAUUCUAUUAUAGAGUUGUCUCGUAGUUCAUAUCAUUAGAAAUUAUAAUCAUACAUAGUUGCCUUAGAUGUUUUUAUCUCUAUUCGAAUUCAAAAUAGUUCAUCAAACAGCUUUAACGUCAUAUGUAAGUCAAGUAACCUAGCGUUUUAAAUAGACGCGGGAUGUUCUGGUAUGAAAAAUAGUCGCUAUUAAUAUAUGUGACACGUGACCGUGUUUAUAUUUAAAUGGAUUCCACGGCAAUUAGUAGGAUAGUGGGCAGUAUGUAAACAUUCCUUCGACUUUGCAACGUGUUGCUGGACGUAGAUACGGUAAGCACUAGGAACAAUGGAAGGAAUAGUUUUUUAAUUGUUAUAGGCGAAGAUGACAAUAACAAAAAUUGAUUGUUGAGGGUUUUCUUGUUCACAAUAUCUACACAAUUUUUUUUUAAAAUAUUCCAGCUUAGUUAACGGUCUUUUGUUCAUGUGUGAAAUAAAAAAAAAUGGCAAUACAUUUAGUACGGUCACAAUACAAUUUGAAUCUUAUAGCUGGUCUGUUGUGCCAAGUUUACAAAUUAUUACGCCAAUGUCGAACGAAAAAGAUUACAUUUCAAUACCGUUCGGUCUUUCAUUCUUGAUUGCUCUUUUGAUUGAAUUAUAUCCUUUUGACAAGUGACGAUCGGACAAUUGAAUUUUUAAUUUGAAAUUCGAAGAUCAAGACGAUUUGUAAUGUUUCGGAACGAAUGGUAAUUAUACGCUUGUUUCGAAUGAUUAAUUAGUAAUUAUAAUUGUGAUACAAUGUCAUAUCACAAAGAUUUUUAAUUAGGGAUUUUGUAGAUUUGGUUUUUUGAAGGGCUUUUUGUCCAUUAUUGAAGGAAUUAUCGGAUGCUUAGUUUCCUUCAUAUAUUUCUUUAUGUUUUUAUGAUGUUGUAAAAUAGUUAUAUUCAUUUAAAUUUACAAUAAUGAUAGUUUCUUGCGAUUCAAAGAAACUGUAAUUAACAUUAAUACAAAAAAAGAUUACAAUUCACCUCAAUUAAAAUAACACAGACGUAAAAAUAUAUAUACAAAUAAAAUAAAAAAACCAUAGAAUCGUCACUUCCGAACGUUUAAUAUUAAGACAAGUUGCAAUUAAAUUCGGCAUUGAAAUUUUAAUCUCUCGUCGCUCCCUACAGAGUUUUACUUUAAAAUCCAUUACGUAGAUAAUAAAUUUUAAAAGUUUUUCUAUAAAACCGUAAAGCUAUUUUUAUAAGUUUUUGUGAAUCUUAAUUUUUGAUUGAAAGUAAUUCUUGUACGUAUAUCACUUGUAAGUGUUACCAGCAAUAAAUAUUCAUUAUCAAAAAUGAAUUCUUAUAAAUAGUUAUAGUAUAUUUUUUAUAAAUGCUACUUACUGUUACGUUUAUCAUAUGACUGAACAAUAAAAAAAUUACCCAUUUUUAUGUAUAAAAUACGCCUAUGAAAAACUAACUAUGCAAAAUAUUUUGAAUAGUUAUUAUUUUUUAUCUAUCAUCAAGAUCAAUGAGGCUAAUUACACUGGUAUAAUGAGAUUGAAUAAGAUUUUAUAUAAUACGCACAAAUUAUACGACGAUUUUGAUCUAAGUGAUAUAAUAUUAAGUACUUUUCUUUUUUUUUUUUCUUGUAUAUCAUUCAAAUUUGCAUAAUUGAUAAUUGUUAUAAAAUAGUGAUUUCGAAAUGUUAACUUGGCAAUUAUAAUACCGGUUUAAAUAAUAUUAUAUUAUGCUACUAAGUAAUUGUGAGUAGAGUCGUUUCGAUAAACUAUUGUUCACUCAAUGGUCGAAAUUCGAUAAUUAUUAUAUAAUGAAACCUUGGAACUAAUAUGUUAUGCCCCUUGUGGCUUAUAUUACACCGGCUCACCCAGCCUUCAAAAUAUUGUUGUGUUCCGGGCACAACAAUCUUGACUUACUCAGUCGGGCUUACAUAAAGCACCAAGUGCAUACAUAAUUUUUUUUAUUCUAAUUUCCAUUUUUUUCAUUGGUAUCACUAAAGGCAAAUGUUUAAACAAAAAAAAAAAAAGAAAAUCGCUUUACUAACAGGAUAAAAGGGUGAACUGUUUGUCUAGUUUUAUAAAUACUAGUUCGAAUUAUAAAAGCUAUUAUCGAAAAUGAAAUAAUAAAAAAAAUAUUUUAAUCAAAGUUCUAUUUUCUUACAUUCGGUUCUCAUUCACUUGUUCUAUGAGAAAAUAGUAAGUGAAUCAUAGCUAUGUAGAUUUACUCGCAGUCAGGGAAAUGAAAUCUUGCUUUUCCCAUAAUCUUCUACAGCGGAAAUAGGAGUAUUACAUGCAAUGUACAUUCAAUGGCUAAAGUGCUUGAUAAAAACACUUUUUUCUAAACAUUUGAAAAAAAAUUGAUUAAAUUUUUUUUGUUUAACUCUGAUGAAUUAAUAUCAAUGUCCUCUACUAUAAUUAAUUUAGUAAAAAACAAUUUAGUUUUAAAAAAAAAAUAUUUUAUUAUUGACUUGAAUCAUGAUAGUCUUACUUAUGUUGUAAACAAUCCUGAAAAUAAAAUUGACAUGAAUAAAAAGUAUUGCAACAUUUUACGCAUGUCAUAAUUCAAAAUAAUGUAAAUUUUUUUGGUCUUUUUAAAUUUCAGUUUAAAGAGUGUGUAUAACAAAUUCAACACUAUUCAAUUUUUGUUUUUGACAUAUGUUUACAGAAUAAGUAUAAGUAUUGUACUUUUCAACGCGACCGUACUCAUCGUAAAAGCAUAUUUAGCCUCAAGUAUUGCUAAUUAACUGCACGAAGCUGACGUUAAUACGUUUAUAAUAGUAAUAAAUAAACAUCAAGAUUGAAUCUCAUCAAAUUAUCGAUAAUAUAGAUUGUUAUAAUAAUAAUAAUAAUCUAAUAAUUACGCACUUGUUAGCAAUAAUACACAAUAAUAUAAUAUAAAUGAUUCGUCAUAUCUGUCGUAUAUUCUUAAUAUAUAGCCUUAUAAUGCUAUGUUAACACUUUUGCUAACGAUUGUACUUUUUUUAAUUUAAACGCUGUCUGACGCGCCAAAGUAUAUUAAAAUACAAAAAAAAUAAGCUUAGGUUAAGAUUACUCACUAAUUAGACUUGUAGAAAGAAAUAUGUAUAUAUUAUAGUCGAUACGAAUGAUGGUGGAAAGUUUAAAUGUAAAUGC